AUGCCGGCCACGGACCUCCAGGGCUCCUCCCCGUCGACGCACGCCCACUCCUCCCCGUUCUCCUCCUUCGGCCGCACCCUCCUCUCCCUCCGCCGCGACGCCCCCGCCGCGGCUGCGGCCGCGAUGCCGCCGCCGCCCGCCGUCGACCCGGAGCUCGAGGAGUUCCACGCCCACGUCGCCGCGCACCUCGCCGACCUGAGGUCAUCCGCCGGGGCCGGUGGCGCGGGCGCCGGUGGGGAGGAGGAUGAGUUCAUGUCCAUCCCGUGGAUCCGGCGCCUGCUGGAGGCGUUCCUGCUGUGCCAGGAGGAGUUCCGUGUGGAGGUGGCCGAGGCGCGCCGGCGCCGCGGCGGGGUGACGUCCCCCGCAGCGGAGAAGCUAGUGGUGGAGUUCGGCGAGCGCGCCGUCAAGGCGCUCGACGUCUGCAACGCGGCGCGCGACGGCGUCGACCAGGCGCGCCGCUGGGAGCGCCUCGCGGGCAUCGCGGCCUCCGCGCUGCUGCCGGCUCCCGCCGGCGCCGAGGAGGAGGGGCGGCAGAGGCAGCAGAUCCACGAGGGCCAGCUCCGGCGUGCGCGGAAGGCGCUCUCGGACCUCUCCGUGCUCCUCAUCGACGACGCCGCCGCCGCCGCGGUGGGCGCCGGCGGCGGGCUCGCCUCGUUCCUCUCGUCCCACCGCAACCGCUCCUUCGGCCGCGCGCGGGCCUCCCCCUCCCGCGCCGCGUCCCUCGCCUCGGCUUCCUCCUCCUCGUCCUCGUCCUCGUCGCCCUCCGCCCACUUCCGCUCGCUCUCGUGGAGCGUGUCGCGCACCUGGUCGGCGGCGCGCCAGCUGCAGGCCAUCGGGUCCGGCCUGGCCGCGCCGCGUGCCAACGAGGCCGCCGCCGCCUCGGGCCUCGCGGCCCCGGCCUACGCCAUGGGCUGCCUGCUCCACCUCGUCGCCUGGGCGCUCGUCGCCGCCGUGCCCUGCCCGGACCGCGCCGCCGCGCUCCAGGCGCACCACCACCUCCCGCCCCCGCCGCCGCGCGCCGCGUUCCCCUGGGCGCCGCCGCUCCUCGCGCUCCAGGAACGCCUCGCCGAGGAAGGGAAGCGCAAGGACCGACGCAACUCGUGCGGCCUGGUCAGGGAGAUCCACGCGCUGGAGAAGUGCGCGCAGAGGCUCGCAGAGGCCAUCGACGCCGCGCCUGUCCCACUCACCGGCGAGCGGGAAGCCGAGGUGCGGGAGGCUGCUGCUGAGCUCGCCGCGGCGUGCACCGCCAUGAAGGACGGGCUGGACCCGCUGGAGAGACAGGUCCGGGAGGUCUUCCACCGCAUCGUGCGCAGCCGAAUGGAGGGCCUCGAUUCACCGAUGCUCAAUGCCGAUUGA